AAUUGCAAACGGAAUCCUAGCCUCAAAUUUUUUUCCGCUUCUCCCUCACGUCCUCAUCCCCUCAUUUUUUUUGACUUCUCUGUCUCUCUUCAUCUUCCUUCUCUUCUCAAUCACUCUUCCGUUGUCUUCUCACAUUUUCAUCACUUCGCCGCCGAGCUCACUGCUUCUAUCUGCUCCCGCUCAAGGUCGUGGCUUGACUAGAUGGUGAUCCAUUGUAUCUGUGAUUGCAAAAGUGUUAUGCUUUGCCAUAUUCAGCUCCCCAUGAAGCUCUCAACCUUUCAAUCAACUUCACUUCGUGCUCAUCCCUCAAUUGCCACCUCCAACUGCAACUCCUCCUACUCCAUCAAAACACCCACCACCAAGUUUGCUCCAAAGGCUUCUACUUUGUGCUUAAAAUUUUCCAGAAACAGCCAUUCAACUCUACGAUAUCAUGACAGAAGACUCUCGAAUAGACCCACUUCCAUCACGGCUUGUACCCAUGUUGGAGCUGCUGGAUCAGAUCGUCCAUUUGCAGACAAAGUUUCAGAAUUCAAAGAUGCAUGUUGGAGAUUUUUAAGGCCACAUACUAUACGCGGCACAGCACUAGGUUCUUUUGCUUUGGUGGCAAGAGCAUUGAUUGAAAACUCAAAUCUGAUAAAGUGGUCUCUUCUGUUCAAAGCAUUCUCUGGUCUUUUUGCCCUGAUUUGUGGGAAUGGUUAUAUAGUUGGAAUCAAUCAAAUCUAUGACAUUAGCAUUGACAAGGUAAACAAACCUUAUUUACCUAUAGCUGCUGGAGAUCUUUCAGUCCAAUCUGCAUGGCUAUUAGUUGCAUUUUUUGCUGCUGCUGGCUUGUUGAUUGUUGGAUUGAACUUUGGGCCCUUAAUAUUUUCACUUUACACGCUUGGCCUUUUUCUCGGCACCAUCUAUUCCGUUCCUCCAUUAAGAAUGAAACGUUUUCCUAUUGCAGCAUUUCUUAUUAUUGCCACGGUCCGAGGUUUUCUACUUAACUUUGGCGUGUACUAUGCCACUAGAGCUGCCCUCGGACUUGCAUUUGAGUGGAGCUCACCUGUGGUUUUCAUCACUACAUUUGUAACAUUGUUUGCAUUGGUAAUUGCUAUAACGAAAGAUCUUCCAGAUGUUGAGGGGGAUCGCAAGUAUCAGAUAUCAACCCUUGCGACAAAACUUGGUGUACGGAACAUUGCUUUCCUUGGUUGUGGAAUCUUGCUAAUGAACUAUAUUGGUUCAAUAUUGGCAGCAAUUUAUAUGCCACAGGCUUUCAGGCAAUGGUUACUGAUACCAGCUCAUAUGAUUUUUGCAUCCUGCUUGAUUUUCCAGGCAUGGGUAUUAGAAAAAGCAAAUUAUACCAAGGAAGCAAUUUCAGGGUUCUAUCGAUUUAUAUGGAAUCUAUUUUAUGCUGAGUACGCCAUAUUUCCUUUCAUCUAGCUGAUACCACGCUUCAGUUUUCUUUGAAGAGAUGCACACGUUGAGAGUCAUUGAUCUUCAUGGCUAAGCCAAAUCAACUGGUCAUUUUUGUUGUAAUUAGUAUUGUUGUAUAUAAAGUUCGACGGCGUUUUUCUUGUAAUAGAUAUAAUGUAGAGUGAUGGUGGAAAAUAAAGAGAUUAUCCUCAUUAUAUUCGUAAAACGAAAAUAUAUUAAAAGUGAUAUUAUCCUCUUUUAGAUAUUGGAAAAUUAGCACAAGUAACAUGUCAA